GGGCGUCUGUCUUAUGGAGAGUAUGUUAUCGUUGAUCGAUCGUAACGAUUGAUAUAACGAAGAUACUGACAUAACAAUAUCAUCACUUUUAUUUCUUUAUUGCUAUCCUAACACAGUGAUGUAUUAUGUGUUAGUGUUUUUAUUAAAAUGGCGAAUAAUAUACAAAAAUUAAUCAAACUUGUAAACAAAAAAUUAAACGAAUAUAAAGCUUUUAACGAUGUGAGUACGAAAUUCGAGAACGUAGUGAAGAAAACACGAGAUCGUCUUACGAACAAUAUCAACAAUUCCACCAUUAUACAACAAUUGCAAAAUGCGUUGAUAGAACCAGAAAAACCAUUGCCACGCAAACUCGUUACUGUGUGGCAAUGGUAUCAACAAUUAAUAGGUCUACAUACAGUGGAAAAAUGCAGAGAGCAAGUACUUUUGAUACAAGAUUGUUUAUACAAGUGUCAAGAAAAGAGACGUUAUUUUCGUCAAGAAGCAUUUGUAAUAAGUAAUAAAAUGAAAGAAAUAUAUGACGAAUUGUUAAGGACAAAGAGAGAUGAUCCAAAAUAUGUAAGUUUAACGAUAAUGGAAAAUAAAAAUCUUCAAGAACAAAGUACAAUUACAGAAAAACUAACUUUACUAGAAGAGGAAGAGAAAGAUCGCUUCGUACAAUUGACAACUGCUAUCAAAGAAUAUCACGACGCGCAAAUAAUGAGUUCUCAAAGGUACAAAUACGUAUCUAUCUUGGCAUCUGUAAUUGCUGCAAUAUUUUCGCUUAUAUGUUCAACGAUAUAUAAUAAUAAAAGAAUAGAUGACAUGAAGGUAGCUAUGUCAAAGGUACAAGAAAAUAAUAAAUCUACCAUUAUUAAAUGUUUUGAUUCUUUGCAAUUACACGUCGACGAAAAAUUAUCAAAAGUAAAUAAAGAGCAAUCGGAAAGUACGUGGUUGAUUAUUGGGAAAUGGAGUGCCUAUAUAAUUUCCUCUAUUUUGGUUCUAAGAAUAUUAAUAGGAUCCUAAAGAAGAUGGGUUUUUGUUAAAGCAUUUCAUUCCAUGGUACUUUUAUUAGGCAUACUCGAUUAUGUCGUGAUAACAAUAACUUCGUUUCUCUUUUUAUUUUAUUAAAUACUUAAUUUUGUAUUUAGAAGAAAUAUCAACAUUUUCAGAACUUUAUAUAGAUUUAACAAAUGAAGCCUGUAUCGGUUGAAAUACUAAUUCAAGAAACUGUUUUAUUUGCAUCCUUUUACAGGUCCUUUUUAUAAUUUGGUAUUAAUAUAUCUUAAGAUUAAUAAACAGGAGUAUAUUUUAACGAUAUAAAGUUUUGUUUAUGUAUAUGGGUGAUUUCCUUAUGUAAUAAAUAAAUUAAAUUGCAAAAUAAGGAUAUGCACAAUACAGAAAUUUUUUUACAAUUGAACUCUUGCUUAUAAUUUAAUCGCAAAUAAAAGUUUUGUAUAAAAUCUCAAAAAAAAAAA